AUGAUUGACAAUGAUUUUAAAAUAAUAACAAGGGAUAAUUAUUUGAUUGUGUUGAAUAAAACAAAUAAAAGUCAUAAUUGUAGUUUUAGUUUAAAUUUUAGAAAGAAUGACUUACUAAUUAACACUUUAAAUAAGAUAUUUAAUAACAGAAUCAGUUAUCAUAUAAACAUAACAAUUAUAAGUAAUUUAACUCACUCACUUGUUAACAACAUUGAUAAUAACAUCCUUUAUUUAGUUUAUCUUAAAGACAUAGUUAAUGGAAUAGAAGAUUUAUUAAACAUAACUAACAAAUUAGACUUAAAAUUGAUGAAUAGUGAAUUUAGUGAAAUAAAAGAACUUAAGGAAUUUUCAAAUUCAAAUAACAUGUUUUUGGUAGUUAGAAUAGGCAUGGAUAUAAUUUAUAGUGAGUUUAUAGGAGAAGUAAAUCAAAAUGAAUUGUUUAAUAACUAUUUACAAUAA